AUCGACUCCUUCCAGAAUUUCUAUAGUUUUUCUUUUUUUUCUUCUGUGUUAUACUCUGUAUUCUUCCGUUAUUAGUUUUUCGUACGUUAUCUACAGUUGUUGUUGUCUUUUCUUUUUUCUCAGUUUUAUUUUGUAUUUUUAGUUACAGCUUAGAAAAUGAAUCUGGUAUCUGUGACUUGUUUUGUUUUUGCAUUUAUGGUUGUCUUAACGUCCGCUAAUGAACCCAACGAUUACACAAAUGGAAAUUUUGCCGUGCCGGACGUUCCCAAAAGAGAGAUACUGAGAUGCAUGGUGUGUAAAGCAUUGGUGGAUGAAGUAGAAAUUGCUGUUGACAAGGUUGACCCGCACAAGAAGGUUGAUAUGGGCAGCUUUAGGCUUGAUGGACAAGGAAAUGUCAAACAGAACUUGGUACCUUACGCCCGAAGCGAACUUUUCCUCUCGGAGGUGAUGGACAAAGUAUGUCCCAUGUUCAGAAAUUACGUGGUCGCCAGCUACAAAGCCACUGGCAUUCCGACACUUUUGAGAAUUGAAACUCCAGAUGGCAAAGGAAUGAAUCCUGAGAUGAGCAACGUAAAUAUCGUGCCCAAUCCAGAAGUCAACGAGCAGCUGUCUUCCUACUGUCAAAGUUUGGUGGAAGAAUUCGAAGACGACAUUGUAUCCAUGUUUGCCAAGUCCGAGAAGCAGCUCCACGAAAAACUCUGCGUCACUGUUGCCGAAGUGUGUCCGAAAGAUGCCGUCCCCGAUGCAGACGAUUCCAGUUCUGAAUCGUCUGACGAUUUUGAUUUUGAUCGCGAAGAAUUGUGAAUUGCCACUGCAAUCGGCGAUACAAAUGACGAGACGUGGAAUAUCAAAAACAUGACCAAUCGUCCCACAAUGUGCUGUUGCUCUCGUUAUUUAAUGUAUUUUUUGAUCGAAUUAUAUAGGAUUAUAAUAGUU